AUGUUUACAUCGCUCAUCGCAGAGAUCAACGGCGGAGAACCCUCCACCAAGAAGAGUACAACCCAGCUCAAGUCAGAGACUGCGCGAAAGCGUACCGUCGCGGGGACUACAUCAACUUCGGCGCCAUCACUUCGACAACGCGCGGUUCCUCGUCGCCCGCAACAGCGUCAAGCCAUCGACCGGUACACGGCUGUAGCGCACAACCCAUGGAGGGAGCCAAAGCGCCUAGCAAAAUACUCAUACGAGCUAAUGAAGCAACAAGAGCUUCUCGAGGAAGCGCACAUUCGAGGGCUUGAGAUCGACAACGGGGAUAAAACAUACCUCGUAAACAUCUUGAUCAUCGACGACGAGGCCUACGCCAAACUAAUGGAGGUACUCGGUUGCCGCUUCAAAGCCGCCGACUUUGCGCAGGGCGAAGUGAGGCUCUACAACCACGAGAUGAAGCGCCAACGAGCUGAAGCAGAGGCGAAGCAGCAACAAUCGGUCCGUGAGAUGCAUAAGAAUGCAAAACGAGAUGCGCGCGUCAAGGCCGAGAAGCUGGUAUGCGAGAAGAAGCAGGCUGAGAAUAAGGCUGCUAAAGCCAAAGAGCAAGAGCACCGGAAGCGAAAGAGAAGCGGCAACCGCGAUUCUGGUUGCUCUUCUGCCCCCAAGAAGGCCAAGUUCAAGCAUGCACCGGCGGUGUCUUCGCGCUCAAGAAAGACCGGCGCCAGCAAGGCAUCAUCAGGCGAUAGGAAGUUUGUCAAGAUGAGUGUUGCCAACGACAUGAAGGAUGCGCACGACGAUGACGACGAUGAAGAUGGACUUGGCGACUUCAUCGUUGAUGACCUGCCGCAGAAGCCGAAGCGCAAGAGCGAUGUAGGCGGCAUGGCAAGGAGCAGGUUGAUUGCUGGGUUUUGA